AGAGCAUCUCGCUUAGAAUUAAUAUCAAGUUCAAACAAAAUCUUCUUGUUAUAAAGAUCGGUUUCUCGGAGUUCUCGGUGGUGUACAUAGGCAUGGUUUUUGAUUGUCAUAUGUAAUUUGUUUCCUUCUACAAACUUGUAACUUUAUUUUAUUGUUUAUUUAAUAAAUAAAGUAACAUAUUUUAACAAUCUAAAACAUCAUUUUCUUUGAAUUACGAUAUGGCAAGUCUCAAGGAUUUGACUACCAACUUUGUCAAACUUGACAAGUUUGUAGGCAAUGAGUUUAGGAGAUGGCAAAAGAAAAUGCUUUUUCUCUUAACUGCUUUAAAAGUUGCUUAUGUGAUAAGUGCACCAAGGCCUAGUGAAAAGGAAGAUGAGACUCCGGAGGAUAUCUGUGCUAGAAGUAAAUGGGAUAAUGAUGACUUUAUUUGUAGGGGGCACAUCCUUAAUGGUAUGAGUGAUACUCUCUUCGAUGUUUACCAAAAUGCUGAAUCCGCUCAAGAAAUGUGGUCCUUACUUGAAACUAAAUAUAUGGCUGAAGAUGCAUCAAGAAAAAAGUUUCUUGUAAGUAAUUUCAAUAAUUUUAAGUUUGAUGAUAAUCGCCCUACUAUGGAACAAUUUCAUGAGAUACAAAGGUUGUAUGAUAAUCUUAAAAGGCAUGACAUAAAUAUGGACGAACUCUUUGUUGUCUCUAGUAUUAUUGAUAAAUUACCACCAUCAUGGAAAGGUGUUAGGAGUAUCCUAAAGCACAAAAAGGAGGAAAUCGAUCUUACCCAACUUGCCACCCAUCUUCUCAUAGAAGUUGGGAUCUGAGAGCAAGAGAUAGGGAAGGAAACAUCCUCGGUUUCUACUAUUAAUAUGGUAGGAGAAAAUUCUAACAAGUCUAAACUUGUGAAGAAUAAGAAAAGGGGCUCGAGUUCUUUCAAGGGGAAAUCUACUAAUUUUUCCAUGAAACCUACGGUUGGUGGGUGUUGGUUUUGCGGAAAACCGGGACAUCGUAAGAAAGAUUGUUUUCUUUUCAAGAAAAAAAAUGGUAACAAGGGUGAGGCAUCUAAUAGCCAAGAUCCCGUGAAUGAAGGUAUUUCCUCACAAUCAAUUAAGUUUAAUUCUAAUUUGGAAUUAAAUGGAACAAAUUAUAAUAUUUGUUGUGUGCAGGAUGAUUCAUGGUACAUCGAUUCCGGUGCCUCUAGACACGUUUGCAUGGAUAGGAGAUGGUUUAAGACCUUUCACAAGUGUAAUGGUGAUGAGUUUCUCUAUAUGGGAAAUAAUUUUAAUAUUCAAGUUCUUGGGAAAGGUUCGGUUGAACUGCAUUUCACUUCGGGGAACCUUCUUACUUUGAAGGAAGUGAUGUUUGCUCCUAAGAUUGCAAGGAAUUUAGUGUCAGGGCCGACCUUGAAUCGUAUGGGAUAUAAAUUAGUAUUCGAACCUGAUCGAUGUAUAAUUAGUUGGGGUGGUGUAUUUAUUAGAAGAUGUUAUUUGAAUUGUAAUUUAUUUAAGCUUUCAAUCAAGACAUAUUUAGAUAAUAGUUUAUUUCAUGUUUAUGACAAUAAUGUAAAUAUGUAUAAAU